UGAAGGUUAGCUAUUUCAUUCGUGACAUCUGAACUGAAGAGGCGAAGAGUGAACUCCUUCAUGAAAGAAAUGCAUAGUCUAGUUAGCUGAAUGAAUUGCGUCUCCGACACGUCUUCUAGUCUCCAUACAUUUUCUAUUUCGGAGUUUAUUUUGGGAUAAAAAGAUAUUCUUUAGGAGAUUACCAAACGCGUCGGUAUGCCUUCCAAGACAUUCUCCUUUCUCUUUCGAGACAGAACCCCACUCUCUGAGAACAUCCACAUCUCGUCUUUACCACCCAGUAUGACCACAGACCAGGAUCCAGGGGGAGGUGACACGUCCCAGGGGACGUCAGUGGUCAAGACCACAGGCACUCGGCGAGGAACUCCUUCCCCCUCUGUGUUCCCAGAUGGUCACAAUGACACUGUGUCUGGUACCUAUUUUGAUCAGAAGGUCAUCAUUCCAGAGGAAACCAGUCAGAUGGGGUUCAGUUUCCGUAAGCUGUGGGCCUACACUGGCCCUGGGUUUUUAAUGAGCAUUGCCUACCUUGACCCAGGGAACAUAGAGUCCGACCUGCAGUCUGGGGCCAAGGCUGGCUUCAAGCUGCUGUGGGUGCUACUGGGAGCCACCAUCAUUGGUCUACUGCUCCAGAGGUUGGCAGCUCGACUGGGCGUGGUCACAGGGAUGCACCUGGCAGAAGUCUGUCACUGCCAGUACCGCACAGUUCCCCGUAUUAUCCUGUGGUUAAUGGUGGAGCUGGCUAUCAUUGGUUCAGACAUGCAGGAAGUCAUUGGAUGUGCUAUUGCAUUUAACCUCCUCUCCUCUGGCAGGAUCCCACUGUGGGGAGGUGUUCUCAUCACCAUCAUUGACACGUUUGUCUUCCUCUUCUUAGAUAAGUAUGGUCUGAGGAAGCUUGAAGCCUUCUUUGGGCUCCUUAUCACCAUCAUGGCCAUCACAUUUGGAUAUGAGUAUGUGACGGUGGCUCCAGACCAGGGUCAGCUGCUGAGGGGAAUGUUCGUCCCCUACUGUGAGGGCUGUGGAGCAGCCCAGCUCCAGCAGGCCGUGGGCAUCGUGGGGGCAGUCAUCAUGCCACACAACAUCUACCUGCACUCGGCACUCGUCAAGUCUCGACAGAUUGACCGGUCUAGCAAGAAGGAGGUCAAGGAGGCCAACAAAUACUUCUUUAUUGAGUCGUCCAUUGCCCUCUUCAUCUCUUUUCUCAUCAAUGUUUUCGUGGUGGCUGUGUUCGCCGAGGCAUUCUAUGGACGCACAAAUAUUGAAGUGUAUAAUGUAUGCAAUGCUACCGGCAGUCCCCACGUUGGCCUCUUUCCACUUGACAACAGCACACUACGGGUGGACAUCUUCAAAGGGGGUGUGGUGCUCGGCUGCUUCUUCGGCCCGGCUGCCCUCUACAUCUGGGCUGUGGGGAUCCUGGCUGCAGGCCAGAGCUCCACCAUGACAGGGACCUACUCUGGCCAGUUUGUCAUGGAGGGCUUCCUGAACUUGCACUGGUCGCGUUUCACUCGGGUGUUGCUGACCCGUUCCAUCGCCAUCACUCCCACCCUGCUGGUGGCCAUCUUCCAGGACGUGCAGCACCUGACGGGCAUGAACGACUUCCUCAACGUGCUGCAGAGCAUGCAGUUGCCGUUUGCCCUGAUCCCCAUCCUAACUUUCACCAGCCUGGCAUCCCUUAUGCAUGAUUUUGCUAAUGCAUUAGUUUGGAAGAUAGGAGGAGGAGUGUUGAUCUUGUUGGUGUGUGCCAUCAACAUGUAUUUUGUAGUGGUUUAUGUAACUACACUCCAGAGUAUCUGGCUCUAUGUUCUGGCUGCAAUUCUCUCUCUAGCCUAUCUGGGAUUUGUAGGUUACCUGGCAUGGUUGUGUCUGAUAGCUUUGGGGGUGUCAUGUCUAGACCUCCCCACCAGCAGAAGAAAUGACACCACAGUUCUGAUCGAGGAGCAGCCUGAGUUUGACUCUUGAACUCAGAAGCUGAAAGUCUUUUACUGUAAUAAAAAAAAGUAGUUCUUUUAUUUUGAACUUGCUAUUUCACUUCUCCGCCACAAGGUGGCACUGUUGACUAAAAGAGAUAACUAAUCCCCUGGGGCAGGGAAUGUUUGAUCAGUGCUAGACCACCAGCCCUGCACAGUAUAAUGAACAACAACUAUAAGAUGUUUUUAUAUGAUGUCUUGUGAAAAUAUUUUUAAACAUUGUCAAAUGUAAGAAAGAAACC